CCUAUAAUUUGAGUCCUUAUGUAGACAUCUAUACUCUCUCAAAAUAAGGUAAUUUUUUUGAAUGAUUGGUUUGUAGUGAUUUUCAGUGGCGGAUGAAUGUUUUUCUUCAUAUAAAUUAUAGAAUGGUUCAUUAAUAAUCGUAGUGUCCAUACACAGCAUUCUAUUCAGCAUUGGUAUUCAUAAUUUAUAAAAAAAUCAUGCUGCUAUAACUUUGUGGAAAUACUUAUGGAGACUUUAUAUUAUGGGUCUUAGGAUUUUCAAGUCUAUACGAUACAAUAAUGGCAUAUUCAGUAGGUAUAUAUACCUGCACAAAUGGUAAAAUGAUCGCUUUCCGAAAUUUAUAUAGAAUAGAAUAUUCUGGUACAAAGGGAAUGUAUACUAUCAUCUAUAUCUAGUCUACGAUGUUUGUACGCCUCUCAGUUUUGAGCUUGGUUCUAUUGUCGAAAGAGGUGUCAAACCAAGAUGUUUCUCCUUGCCCCGACGUUUUCUCCUACGAACCUCAGAAAGCCGAGAACGACAGGUGGUACGGAUCAGCAUCCUUGCAAACUACAGAAGAUCUGACUGGAGUUUGGUUGGUAGUGGAAUUGGACAGGCCAGCAGAAUUAUUGGGGAAUUGGUUCGGGGAAACUUAUUCUACAGACAACCAAUUAUUCCGCAUAACCAAUCCAGAUUAUAAACUGGAAGCUGGUCCACCGGUGUCAGUCAGAUUCUUCGUGCAAUAUGAUCCGAGCAGACCGAUUCCCAGUCUCAAAACGAUGCGACUCAACGGCAGGACUAUCUGCUCAUCCAAAAUAAGGGAAGGUGACCUGAUACCUACUACACCGAGACUGCACAUCAGCCAUCCAUCGAAGACUACAAGAAGACCUGCUAUUUCGAAUGAUGUGGAUGGUGGAAGUAGACCGAUGUUUAGUAGUUCAAAUGAUAACAAUAGAAGACCAGGAAGUUCUAGUAGACCAGGAAUGCAACCUAACAGCAAUCAUUAUGUGACUUCUAGUUCAGUCAGUACCAGGCCCGAUACCACCGAUGCAAGUUACUUUGACAGUAAUGGAAAUGUCGAUAGAUUCAGGCCAAAUAAUAUAGGGAAUGGUAAUCAUGAACAAACUAUUUCUAAUCAGUCGCCAUCUCACAAUAGAGAACCCAUUUCUUCAAAUUCGGGCAUAAAUGGCUAUGACUCAUCCAUCAACCAGCCAGGAUAUGUUGGAACAGGAUAUGGUGAACAGUCUGGCACAGUAUCUCUCAACAACCAGGGCCAGAAUUCCUACAUUGGAAAUCCUGAAGGAACAGGUGACAUCCAAGGUGUUAUUACCAGACCAGUUCCAACAAGACCUACUAGGAGGCCUACUGGAUCCAACAAUAAUGGGCCUUCUACAGACGAACCAUCCUACACCUAUCCAGCCGAUUUGGAUUACUUUCCCGGUGAUUUUUCGGGCGUCAAGAAACCAGCCCAUCAUCGACCAUCCCAAAGCUCAGAUAGAACGUCCAGCUCAGACAGAAUGCCCAGUUGUGGAACUAUCGCUACCCAUGCUGCUCCACUCAUAUCUAAUGGCCAAGACACAAUACCAGGACAGUGGCCUUGGCAUGCAGCCUUAUACCAUUCCAAAGGUAUUCAGUUGAUAUACAUCUGCGGUGCAACACUGAUUUCUGAAAGGCACGUCGUAACAGCAGCUCAUUGUGUUACCAAGCCCAAUACGGCGAAACCUGUGGAUACUGAGAGUAUUUUAGUAUAUUUAGGAAAAUACAACCUGAUUACAUUCGGACCCGAAGUGCAAGAUCGAGAUAUCUCGGAUAUUUUCGUUAAUCCACAAUACAACCAUAGUUCAUAUUUCAACGAUAUUGCUAUUCUCAAAAUGUCCAGAGCCGUGGAUAUCAAUAAUUACGUUAGACCGUGUUGCCUGUGGGAAGAUGACGUCAACCUGGAAACUAUCAUCAGUCGACAAGGUACUGUUGUUGGCUGGGGAUUCGAUGAGAAUAAAAAGUUAUCAAACAAGCUUAUGCAGGCACAAAUGCCAGUGGUGUCAACUUUGACUUGCAUUUACUCGAACAGGGAUUUUUUUUCACGAUUCACAUCUGAUAAGAAUUUCUGUGCUGGAUUCAGAAAUGGUACUUCUGUAUGCAAUGGAGACUCAGGUGGCUCAAUGGUAUUUCCCAGAAGAGGAAUUCAAGGCCAAACCACGGUUUGGCAAAUCAGAGGAAUCGUUUCAGUUGGCGUGGCACUCCAAGGGGAAGGAGUUUGUGAUACUUCGCAAUACAUUAUUUUCACCGACGUUGCCAAAUACCUAGUUUGGAUUCGACAGACCUUAUUAAUUUGA